AUGGGUGAUGGGACUGUGUCCAUGGUUGGCCUCGCGCGCCUUGCGUACAGCACAGCUGCCAAGGCCUGGACGACCGUGGGAGAUGCCAUCUCCUUCCCGGAGGACUCCGAGGAUCUCUUGAUUCGCAUUGAAACCAGCCGAGCUCGUUUUGAUAUCUGGGGCUCGCUUUCUGGUCUUGAACAUGGGCCGCUUCAUCACAACCUCGUACCAUUUGAGGGUCUCAUCGAAAGGGCUUUGAGAAGGAUCGACCAGCUGUUCUCGAAUGCAGAUCAAUUGAGGGAGCGAUACGGCCUUGUGAUUGAAGAUGCAUCUAAACAAGAUGUGGAAAAGCAGAAGAGUAGAAUUGCGAGAAUGCAGCGAAGCCUACGAGCUGCCAAUGCACAUCUGAAGCAUCUUGGAGAGAAACAGUCGCCUGCGGAUCAGCGGGCCCAUCCAUCAGUUAAUCCUGGAUCCGCCAAACGUCUCCAGUGGGCCAUUAAGGAUAGAGCGAUGUUUGGAGGGCUCAUCGGCUUUGUCGAGGCACAUGUCGACGGACUUCAGAAACUUCUGUCGGAGAGCCAGCUGAGAACUUCCCAACAGGAAGUCACACGCUUUGCGAUCCAGGUUGUCGGCAGCUCUUCAGAUACUCAAUCCCUCUCCGCUUUGACAACAACCGACACCACAGUAGAUAUGAGAUUUGAUGAGCUGCCUGCACGAAACUUGCUUUUUUUCCAGGCAGAGUUGGCCGAGGUCGAGGAUCUGCUUAGGCGGUAUGAUGAAGCAAGCCCUCGACAACAACAAUCUGAAAUCGACAUGCGGUUCUUAGCUCAACUAAAGAUCAUUUCAUGCCAACCUGGGGGUGCAAUAACGGGAUUGGUCAAGACAGAGCAUUUAAACCUUCGAGAUGUGCCUCUUAUUGAUCGCAAGAAGGGUCGCUUCUUGCACAGGGGGGGACUCAGCAAAGACAUGUGCUAUCUGCUCGAAAAGAAACAAUACGAUAGCAACAUAACGGAGCAAGACAAGGUCAUCUUAGAGAAGCGGCUUCAAAGACUGGUGUCUCUCCUGGGUGCUCCCCAUGCAGCCCGCGAACUUCACACCCUCCAAGCUGUGGGAUAUGUCGACGAUCCAGAACUUCACAGCUGGUGGCUAGCCUUUCGAUUUCCCCUUCCUGCUAUUGUUCCAGUAAGCUUGAAUUUGAUCCAAAAGCAACCCCUCUCUUUACGAAAAAUAUAUAGCCUUCCCUUCAAGCCUCCGCUGGAGAAGCGUUACCAACUGGCGAAAAAAGUGGCACAUACAUUAGCAAAACUUUACGGCAGCGACUGGAUGCACAAAUCCAUCACCAGCGACAAUAUAAUAUUUCCUCAACUCUACGAUGAGAACCAGAGUGUUCCAUUCCAUGCAAUCAGCUCUGCACUCAUCCAAGGUUUCGGCUAUUCUCGACAACACACUGAAGCUCAAACCAUCGACCAAGGAAAGGUUCUUGGGGACCUCGAAUCUGCCAUUUAUCGCCACCCAAACUACCAAGGUGUCGCAGCAAGCGGAUACAGGGUACAGUACGAUAUAUAUUCUUUCGGCUUGGUCUUGUUCGAGAUUGCCCUUUGGACCCCUCUUAUCAGCAUCUUGGCGGCUGUCCCCCGACAGAGCGGCAACGCGGCGGUGCAACUCUCGCCAGACAUGAAGCAUUUCCAUCAGGUCGAGGCGUUGGAACUAAGAAGAAGAGUAAUGUUCCGUGUAGAUUCGGAGCUUGCGUUUCGCGUUGGUACCAGAUAUUGCGAGGUUGUGAAGUGGUGUUUAGGCUUCUCUAAGUCUGAUUUUGACGGCGACCAGCCCUGGCGGGCCGGAGUUGAGUUUUACAACAAUGUGGUGAUCCCUCUGGGGGAAAUAUCAAAUGAAUGA